CCACACCCUCUGGCCUGGCAGUCUGGGUGUUGGUGAUAUCUCCCCUGUCCCUGGGGAAGAAAGAGAGAACGCCACUCUGCCAGCCACAAGUGCACAGCGUGGAAUCACCUCACCCGCUACAUGACAGAACCCCUGGAUAUGGCGGACCUGCUUGAGACCGCAGGCUGUUCCUCUAAGUCGUUCAAGCUGUACUCUCCAAAGGAGCCCCCAAACGGUAGCGCCUUUCCUCCCUUCCAUCCAGGCACCAUGCUGGACAGAGAUGUGGGUCCAACACCUAUGUACCCUCCAACGUACCUGGAGCCUGGAAUCGGGAGGCACACACCGUACGGGAACCAGACGGACUACAGAAUAUUUGAGCUCAACAAGCGGCUACAGAACUGGACGGAGGAGUGUGAUAACCUGUGGUGGGACGCCUUCACGACGGAGUUCUUUGAGGAUGAUGCCAUGUUGACCAUCACUUUCUGUCUGGAGGAUGGGCCCAAGAGAUACACGAUUGGCCGGACGUUGAUUCCGCGGUACUUCCGCAGCAUCUUCGAAGGGGGCGCCACUGAGCUGUACUACGUCCUGAAGCACCCCAAGGAGGCCUUCCACAGUAACUUUGUGUCGCUGGACUGUGACCAGUGUACCAUGAUCACACAGAAUGGCAAACCCAUGUUUACACAGGUUUGUGUGGAGGGUCGUCUCUACCUGGAGUUCAUGUACGACGACAUGAUGAGGAUAAAGACGUGGCACUUCAGCAUCAGACAACACCGCGAGCUCAUCCCACGCAGCAUCCUGGCCAUGCACGCCCAGGACCCCCAGAUGCUGGACCAGCUGUCGAAAAACAUCACGAGAUGCGGCCUCUCCAACUCCACGCUCAACUACCUCCGACUCUGUGUUAUCUUGGAGCCCAUGCAGGAGUUGAUGUCCAGACACAAGACCUACAGUCUGAGCCCUCGGGAUUGCCUGAAAACCUGCCUGUUUCAGAAGUGGCAGAGAAUGGUGGCCCCUCCAGCGGAGCCGGCGAGACAGGCCCCCAACAAGCGCCGAAAAAGGAAGAUGUCGGGAGGCAGCAACAUGAGCGCGGGAGGGGGCAGCAACAGUAACAGCAACAGCAAAAAGAAGAGCCCCGCCAGCAGCUUUGCCCUCUCCAGCCAGGUACCUGACCUGGUUGGAACAAAAACCUGUACUGUGCCGGAGCUUGAGGACCGGAGUUGAGAGCCACAGCGUUUAAAUCUUAAAAAUACACACAGACAGUAAACCAUUGAGGUACUGGGGUUUGCUCGUGCUCACCAUGGUAUUGGCGACGGUGACACUGAAUGCCAUUCCAAGACUGUUUCCUUCAACACAAACUUCUGGAGAACGUGUUUUUAUUUUUUAAUCUUGUCUUUUUUAAGAUAAUUUCUAAAAGAAAUAAAAGAAGGAACAAAAAAAACAACUUAAAUGUUCUUCACAUUGUUUUCCCUGCAUUUCCCACUUUUUUUCUAGAUUUUUCCCUGUUAUGUCCCUAUUUUAAACUUUGUUGGGCCUGAAAACUUGUAACUGCAAAAAAAAAAUCUAUAUAAAUGUGUAAUGCUUAAUUCUAAAGAAUUUUGUAUAGUUGUUAGUUACUUGUUGAAUUAGGAAUUGUAUGGUUUUGUGUUUGAUUUGUGAUCAAAUCUGCAAAGGUAAUGCCUCCUAAAAAUAUCUUUGGAUGACCAUGAUCCUGUCCUCUAUCCGCUAACAUUUCCCCUGAUGCUCCAGAAUUGUUGCAACGUUACGGCAACAUGGCUGCAAUGUUACAGUAAUGCUACAGGAACUGUGGGCUUUAGUUGGGACGCAAUUUUUUAGGGUAGGACAAGAUGGGUAUGGACAGGUUGUGCCCUUUCAGAAAGGGGUAAAUUACCAUUGUACGUUUUGGAGGUUUUUCUGUGUCCGCUAGCCAUAUAUCCCUUCUACAUCUCUAAAACGUCUCGGUAGUAUCGCAUGCUUCUUGCAAAGCAUGGCCCCAUACGAGAGGGGGACAGGCAAGUUUUCCCUGUAUUUUAGACUGCCUCCAAUCACGCUGCUCUAUUGCGGUGAUUUACCACCUCUGAUCCAGCUUUCUGUAAUGUCUUCAGGAAACUGAUUUGCCAAUGUGGACGAUAAUGGCCAUAAAAAUAGCAUUCAUAUCCAUUUGACGUUAAACAUCUAGUUCUCCCUCUCGUGUCUCAAAGUUCCAUCAAUUUUGCUAUUUGCAUGGGUGCAGACACCCAGUACCUCUUCAAUUCAACAGACCAACAUUAUUUGUUGUUCUGAGAAUUCUAAACGAAGAAAGAAAAAAAAAAAAAAAAAAAAAAAAAUCACUUAACACAUUUGAAAGAAUCCAGUUUUAUACUAGCCUCUAUUUCCCAAGAAUGUUUUUAUUUUGUUGUUUUUAUUUUUUACUGAUAUUGAAAGCUACAGACCAAGGAGCUAACAGGACUUGCAAAAUCCUCUUAAUCCCCUUCCCCCAAAAUAUAUUGGUUUGUAUUUUUUUUAAAGAAAGUAAUUUUGUGUGGGCUUUUCUUUUUUUAAUUCAGUUUUUGUGUAUUUGUGCUUGUAUAUUUAAGGUAGUAGCAAAGUUCUGUAUAACUGUAAUUAAAUGUACUCUUCCUUAGAACACCCUAAAGCCAUCCCUAUCUAAUGUAUAAAAAAACAACAAAAAAAACAGAACCCCCCUUUUUAGAACUUGUAUGAAAUUGAUCAUAUAAGGGUACAGUCACCAUUCAAAUGGGGAAAUAUUUUUUUCUCCAAACGGCAAUUAAUUAUUUCAGUUAUUUGUGCAUUUGUCAAGUACAGGAGUCCUGCAGUUCUGUAUGCUGUUUUACCUGGUGACUGCAACUAAAUUUGAAGGGUGUCGAAGAAAAGAUGGUCUUGAUUCUUUUCAGUUGAUAAAUAUCCCAUAUUUUACCACUGCAGAAUAUAUUCUUUAGAAAUGUUUUUGGUUCAGUGUUGAAUCUGUCAUUGUGACCAUAAAUUCAUGCAAUUACUAGCAUACUUUACAGCUUUUCCAUCUCUUUUAAGCUCUGAAUGUUUAAAUGGUGAAGCCACAUUACCCUGACCAUUGUGUCUUGUAAGUACUGGUGUGCACCACCAGAGGGCACUCCUGGGUGCCACAAAAAGAAACAUUCUGCCUUUGCUUAUUUGUAGCAGAAUGGACGUUUUUAAGAGAGAGAGAGAGAGGGGGGGG